AUAUCCGCAGAUUCACGCGAGAUUCACGGACGCCACCAGACCCAUAAGUUACAGAAACACAGUCCUUCACGGCGAGAAAUUCUUCCAAACUCUCGUGCCAUCUACAAAAUCCACCUACCCCGAGAAAAAGCUCAACCAAACCCAAAGGAAAAGGCAAACCAUCACCCAUGGAUUCUCUCUCCUCAGUCUCGCCCUCCAUAGUUCUCCCCCCCAGCAGGGACCCCCUCCGCCUACGCCGGCGGCGGAGACUCGCCGUGUCUUCUCUGGGCAAUCUUAACACCCAUCGUGUUCCUCGUCUCUCUUCAUCUCUCUUCGGUGUCCGAUACUCUCUGGACCCUUGCAGAAGGAAAGUUCUUGAAGUUUCUUGUAAUUCGAGAGCUUCUGAAGAAGAAGAUGACGGAAGAGAGGAGGUGGAGAGGGCGCUUCACCUGGACGGGACCAUUCCCGGCACUUCGGAUGAAUUCGUGAAGCGGGUGUCGUCGCGUGCCUACGACAUGCGUAGACACCUCCACCAGACCUUCGAUAGCAGCAGCUAUGACGUACUGGAGGCCAACCCAUGGAGAGAAACAUCGAAGCCUGUCUAUGUACUCACCCACAGGGAAAACCAAUUGUGCACAAUGAAAACUCGAAGAAAUCGCAGUGAAGUCGAAAGGGAGCUUGGGUUACUGUUUUCUAAGGGGGGAAAGUGGAGGUCUGGAAUUGGAAAUCAAACUAAACAGUCAAGAACUGGGACAAAGUUUCAGAUGCUUGUGGAGGAUAUUAGGGAGGGAGUGCUAGUAUUUGAAGAUGAAAAUGAAGCUGCAAAGUAUUGCGACUUGCUGCAAGGCGGAGGUAAAGGUUGUGAAGGCGUUGCAGAGAUAGAAGCCUCAUCGGUAUUUGAUCUUUGCCAGAAAAUGAGGGCUCUGGCAGUUCUGUUCCGUCGAGGAACGACACCUCCUCUACCUCAAAGCCUUGAGCUCAACCUGAGGGCCCGGAAGCGCUCUCUUGAAGAUACUGAGGAUUUGGUAUGAAGCUCAUGUAGUUGGAAGAAUAUGUACAAGAAAUUGUGCUACCCAUGCUGAAGAUUGGAACUAAAUAUUGUAAGCUAAAGUUUUUUUAGCUGGAUCCAUAGUAUGUAUUCAAUUGUAAGUAAAUUAUACAACUCAAAUGCUCAAGGGGAAAAAAAGAAAAAGAAAAAGAAUUAUACAACCCACAUAAAAUUUG